GGGACAGUUCCCGCCGCCAAACUUGCCCCGCGGCGGGAGGGCGGGUGGAGGGCCCCCGAGCCAGCGGGGGCACGUGAGCGAUGGAGACCAUCUGGAUCUACCAGUUCCGCCUCAUCGUGAUCGGGGACUCCACGGUGGGCAAGUCGUGCCUCCUGCACCGCUUCACCCAGGGCCGCUUCCCCGGGCUGCGCUCCCCCGCCUGCGACCCCACGGUCGGCGUGGACUUCUUCUCCCGCCUGCUGGAGAUCGAGCCGGGCAAGCGGAUCAAGCUGCAGCUGUGGGACACGGCGGGGCAGGAGCGCUUCAGAUCAAUAACUCGAUCUUAUUACCGCAACUCAGUUGGUGGGUUUUUAGUGUUUGACAUCACCAACCGACGCUCUUUCGAACAUGUGAAGGAUUGGCUAGAAGAGGCAAAAAUGCACGUGCAGCCGUUUCGGAUUGUGUUUCUGCUGGUGGGACACAAGUGUGACUUGGCUUCACAGCGACAGGUGACUAGGGAAGAAGCCGAAAACCUGUCUGCAGACUGUGGUAUGAAGUAUAUAGAAACCUCCGCAAAAGAUGCCACAAACGUCGAGGAGUCCUUUACGAUCUUGACAAGAGAGAUUUAUGAACUUAUUAAAAGGGGGGACAUUUGUAUUCAAGAUGGCUGGGAAGGGGUUAGGAGUGGUUUUGUUCCAAAUACUGUGCAUUCUUCCGAAGAGGCAGUGAAGCCCAGAAAAGAGUGCUUCUGCUGACUUCAAACAGGCCAAAGAACUAACGGGAACAGAUUGGGUGUCAUCUCAGGAUAAAUAGCAACAUGGAUGGCAGAACGAUGCACGCAAACGUUGGAGAAAGAGUUACAAGCCCACGCUAACGCUGUUUUGUAAGGUAUUUAAUUCAGAGCACUAUGCUUACUCGCUACACUACCAAAUCGGGUAUUUUGCUAAAUUAUCAGGCAAAGCAGACAACUUUUUCUUGAAACUCAAGUGUCUACAGAAUUACUCCCUUUCUCACUUUGUUAGCGUGUAGCUGACCUUCAUGUCCACGUAUAUCAAUAGGACUCAUUUUUCUUGACAGUUUAAAAUGGGUUUUUUGUGCCUGUGUAGUCUGACUGAAAAGAUUUUAUCAGGCAUUAUGUUCUCAUGAGUUAAUUUGUUAAUACUGAAUAGUAAAGUGGAUUUAAAAGUGCACUGUUCGCUUACAAAUAAACAAUCUCAGACAUAUCAUCGGCUAGGACUAAAAUAACAAUUCCUUGUAUAAGGUACCACGUUUUUAACCAUUCUUUGAAAUAUUUAUCCUCCCGGGCGCCUGGGUGGCUCAG